AGCUUUGGGACUAUGAAUGUGCCUUGGUUCUGGAGGGGAAGACUUUGUCGGUAGAAGCUUAUAUUGAACAAGAUGAAAAUGACCCUUCCACUUUCCUCAUCACAUGCCAAUUGCAUCAGCUACUCGGCUCCCCAACUAGAAUUCAGUGUGGACAUUUUCAUCCAGCGGAAACGGCAUCUCCGUGUGGACAGCAUUAAAGAUCUCAAUGUGACCUUAUACAACUGCUCGGUGGGACACUUAGAUUGCAGCCGCUGCCAAACCGCCGAUGCCAAGUAUAGCUGUGUGUGGUGUGGAGGAGAGCAGCCUAGCUGCCUAUUCCAAGACUCCUGCAAAGAAGAGGUCGCGGACACAUGCCCGGCCCCGUUGAUCCAUGCAGUGUACCCCCUAACUGGUCUGGUUGAAGGCGGCACCAGAAUCACCAUCACGGGUUCAAACCUUGGGCAGAAGCAUCAAGAUAUUGCAGAGACUGUCACAGUUGCUGGAAUCCCCUGUGAAGUUGAUGCUCUGGUGUAUGAAAUCUCCAGCAGUAUCGUAUGCACCACGGGCAGAAGCGGCACAGAGAGGUCCGGGCAUGUGGUCGUGGAAGUCCCUGGAGGUGGGCAAGGCAUCUCUGCUCAUGUAUUCACCUAUCAGAAUCCAGAGCUGAAAUUCAUUUCUCCAGUUCGAGGCCCCAAAGCGGGAGGAACCAGCCUCACGCUGACCGGGUCCAAGCUGCUGACUGGAAAUCCCAGCAGAAUCAGCAUUUGGGUUGGACACUUCCCUUGCUACAUCCAUUCUGAGAUGCAGGAACAUGAGUUGAUGUGCCAGACAAGCGCCAGUAAUGUGUCUACAGAGUUUUCCAUCACAGUCAAAUACGGCGAUCAAGAACGGAAGUUGGAGCAUUCCUUCUUCAAAUACACCCUUGACCCCAACAUCACCUAUGCAGAACCAGCCAAGAGUUUCCAAAGUGGCGGGCGAGAGAUAAGAGUUCGUGGGCAUAACCUCGAUGUCGUGCAGUGGCCAAAAGUCCGUGUCACCAUUUCACCUUUGGAGCGCCGACGUCGGGGAGUGGGAAGAUGGCGAAGGAUUAUUCCAGAAACAGGAUGUCUGGAGAACGCUCUCUGCAGUGUCCAGCAAUUUGAAGAGCCAUGUCAAGUCAAUUCCUCCAACCUUAUAGUUUGCAAGACACCAGCAAUUAAGCCGUUGUCCCACUCCAUUCAAGUAAAACUGGAGUUUGUCCUGGAUAAUCUCAGCUUUGACUUCAAUGCCUUUCAUCCCUCUGGCUUUUCUUAUGAAGUUGACCCCUUCCUGAAGCCCCUCAAUACAGACGACAUCACCAAACCCUACCGUCACAAACCUGGAAGCAUCAUCUCUGUGGAGGGAGAAAAUCUAGAUCUGGCCAUUUCUAAAGAUGAAGUAAAAGCCAUGAUUGGAGUUGGGGUCUGCUCAGUCAAGACCCUAACGAAGAACCACCUGUAUUGUGAGCCUCCUACUGAACAACCAGCUCCUCAACACCGGGCUAAACGGGAAGGUACCGACUCACUGCCAGAAUUUACGGUUCAAAUGGGGAACAAGAACUUCUGGCUCGGUCGUGUGCAAUAUGACACAGAGAGUCAGCUCACUUUCCCCCUGGAGGCCCAGAUUGGCUUGGGAGUGGGGACCUCUUUUGUGGCUUUGAUUGUACUCAUCAUCGUCUUCAUCUACAGACGGAAGAGCAAGCAGGCCCUGAGGGAUUACAAAAAAGUUCAAAUCCAGCUCGAAAAUCUGGAAACAAGUGUUCGGGAUCGGUGCAAAAAGGAAUUUACAGACCUCAUGACUGAAAUGAUGGAUCUCACCAGUGACCUGGUUGGCACUGGGAUUCCUUUCUUGGAUUACAAAUCCUAUGCGGAACGGAUCUUCUUUCCGGGCCACAGGGAGUCCCCACUGCAGAGGGAUCUCGACGUGCCUGAAUCUCGGAGGCAGACGGUUGAACAAGGCCUGGUGCAGCUCUCCAAUCUCCUCAACAGCAAGCUCUUUCUCACCAAGUUUAUUCACACCUUGGAAAUCCAGCGCACCUUUUCUCCAAGGGACCGGGCUUAUGUCGCCUCACUUCUCACAGUCGCCUUGCAUGGGAAACUUGAGUACUUCACAGAUAUCCUCAAGACUCUCUUGAAUGACCUGGUAGAGCAAUAUGUGGCCAAGAACCCAAAGCUGAUGCUGAGAAGGACAGAAACUGUGGUUGAGAAGCUGCUGACUAACUGGAUGUCCAUCUGCCUCUACGCAUUCGUCAGGGACUCUGUUGGGGAGCCCCUCUAUAUGCUCUUCCGGGGUAUCAAGCACCAAGUCGACAAAGGGCCUGUGGACUGGGUAACUGGGAAGGCAAAGUACACCUUGAAUGACAACCGGCUUCUCCGAGAAGACCUGGAAUAUCGCACACUGACAUUAACGGCGCUGUCGCAAGCUGGGAACACUGGGGGAGGAACAGAAGGCAGCCAGGGAGUGUUGGUGAAGGGUCUGGAUUGUGACACAAUCACCCAAGUGAAAGAGAAGAUCCUGGACCAACUCUACAAAGGGACACCUUAUUGCCAUCGACCGGAUCCAGACACGCUUGACUUGGAAUGGCGGUCUGGGCUGGCUGGGCAUCUCAUCCUCUCUGAUGAGGACGUGACUUCAAUCAUCCAGGGCAGCUGGAAGAGGCUCAACACACUGCAACACUAUAAGGUGCCUGAUGGAGCCACUGUUGCACUAGUCCCUCGUAUGACCAAGCACCUUCCCAGGGAGAAUCAGGAUUACAUCCCUGGAGAGAAAACUCCAAUGCUGGAGGAUGCAGAUGAGGGUGGCAUGAAACUUUGGCACCUGGUGAAAUCGACCGAAGAACCUGAGCUGCCUAAACAUCGGCGAGGGAGCCUGCGGGAACGGGAGAGAGCCAAAGCGAUUCCAGAGAUCUAUCUAACACGCCUUCUUUCCAUGAAGGGGACGCUACAGAAAUUUGUAGACGAUUUAUUCCAAGUGAUCCUCAGUACCAAUCGUCCUGUCCCUCUGGCUGUGAAGUAUUUUUUUGACCUGCUAGAUGAGCAAGCACUGAAUCAUGGGAUCACAGAUCCAGAAACCAUCCAUAUCUGGAAAACAAAUAGCCUGCCUUUAAGGUUCUGGAUCAACAUCAUCAAGAACCCCCAGUUUGUGUUUGAUGUGCAGACGUCAGAUAAUGUGGACGCUGUGCUCUUGGUCAUUGCUCAGACCUUCAUGGACUCCUGCACCCUCGCUGACCACAAACUGGGUCGGGAUUCCCCAAUUAACAAGCUGCUCUAUGCCCGCGACAUUCCACGCUAUAAACAGAUGGUGGAAAGGUACUAUGCAGAUAUUCGCCAAACCAUCUCGGCUAGCGAUCAAGAGAUGAAUUCUGCCUUGGCGGAGCUGUCACGGAAUUACUCAGGUGAACUCAAUUCUUUGGUGGCUCUGCAUGAACUCUACAAGUACAUCAACAAAUACUAUGAUCAGAUCAUCACAGCCUUGGAAGAAGACCCGAUCGCACAGAAAAUGCAGCUGGGAUACCGCCUGCAACAGAUUGCCGCAGCAGUGGAGAACAAAGUCACAGACUUGUGAGGUGACCAAGGGACAGUCGGGUAGAACGAAAACAAGACAGCACCCACCGCCGUCCCCACCGAUGCUCUAUGCUGAGGUGGAGAAGCAGCAGCAGCAGCAGCAGCAGCAGCAGAGGGUCAGAAAAUGCCAAGGGCGAGGAGGUGCCAGAGAACUACUUUUUCUUUUUUUUUACAGACUCUUUUUUAAAAAAAAAUAAAAAAAAAUAACACUUCAUGAUAAUAAUGAACUUGUGCCCAGAAGCCGAAAGGCUCCAUCAGAUGAACUGAGCCAUUUUCAGCCAGGAGGCCAAAUGUUAUGAAUGUGCCAAGGGAGUUAGAGAACAGUGCAGCUGUGGGGGAUGCUGGAUCUUUACACACACACACACACACACACACACCACCCUGUGAAGAACGAGGCGGGAACCUGAACUCUCGUUGAGCUUCCUACGGACUUUCUUGGAUUCCCUAGAGAGCGUAUCCUACUGGCCUAACUUGGGGAGAUUCCCCCCCUGCCCUUCUUGCUGCACUUGGAGUCUCAACACCCACCUUCCUCCGGAAUGAUGGGGGGGGGCGGAACGAGCUAAGACGAGCACAACGGACAAAGGAAGAGGCCAGAGGAAGGAAGACCCGGCUCCCAGCUUGUGAUAAAUCCCUCAAAGAUGGCGGGAAAUCGCCUCCUUUCCUCACCGUUACCUGCUCGACAUGGUCCUGAAGUUCCCUUGGGCGUGCCUUCCUGUAGCUGCUGCUUCCGGCCCUUGCCCCGUUCUGCUUUCCUAAAAGCACAAAACGACAUUACCACCAUCGCCCUUGCCUUCCCAACCGCGAACAAGGGGGUUGCUGCGCCAAUCGCUCCGCAGAAAAGAGGCCAGACCCUAUGGGAGCUUCAAGGUUUCGAGGUCCUCCCCCUCACCCUUUGGGUUAGCACUUCUCGAGUAAACACCCUUCCUUCUGAGGAUCCCUUCUUCCUAGACACCCGAAUUCACCCUUCUUCCCCCUCUGGAGAUUUUCCCGUCUUUUUUUUUCUUUUCCCAGAGGCUUCUUGGAAGGAUGACAAAGCUGGUGAUUUGCCCCUUUGAUUUUCCCCCAAGUCCUUCACCCUGGCGGGUUUUGCUAUUUGUAUCCCUAUGGCUAUCCGGGGGCCCAUUUGUUGCUAUGCCCUUCUCCUGUCUCUCUGAGAGCAGCUAGAUUUACAGGCAUUAGCAAAUCAUAAUGUUCAUCUCCGUGUCAUGACAAGCACCGCCUGCUGGUUUUUGUAACUUAAUCUGCUAUUAAAGAAGGGAAGGGGAAGCCAAGCAGAGCCCCCUCCCCUCCUCUCUUCUUUUUUUUUUUUUUUGGCCAGCUUUAGUCUGAUUGAAAUUAAAUCUCAGCCAUGGGUUUGAUAAUUAUUCCCCGGUCCUUUCUGUUAAUAGACGAGGUGAGCACAUUCGUUCUCUUAAUUUCAUCUCUUUGUCUCUUCUUCUUGUCCAUUAUCUGUUAGUAACCCAAAUCCAGGGAGGAAAAGAACCCUCCAUGCUCCAGUUAGCUAUGCUCUGAUAGAUUGGGAUCUUUGCUCAUUAGUAGUUUCUUCUAAUACCAGAAAUAAUUUCAUUUUGCCAUUCGGUAUCACAGGCUUCAGAGCUCUGCAAACCUUCUAGUACAGGGGUGUCAAACUCCAUUUCA